GAAUGGGACUUUCCCUACUCCUCUAUACCAUCUAUUUUUUCUAUACCAUGAAGUUGGUUUAUAAUAAUGAAAUAUCACAGCUUGUGGAUUUUUGUUAUAUUUCUUUGUGUCGGUUACAAUAAUCAAUUGGUGCAGAGCACACAGGAUGAUGAUAGCUGGAUCGAUCCCGAUGCUUAUGGACUUGAAGUAUAUCUUCCAAAUCCACAACAGAGAAAAAAUAAAUAUCAAAGUGAUGAAUCCACGAUAGACUCGAAAUGCCCCGUAUGUAGGGACCACAACCAUAGUCAAGAAGCCGUCGCACUGAUGUAUUAUAAAAGACUCAUUGCGUACUUAUUUAAUAGCGACUUUUUCAAGCAUGAUGACUUAACUGGAGAAUUCACUCGUCCAUUAAUAUUCACUGCACUGCCAGCUCAGUUAGAACAGCUCAAAAACUUAAAUGACCCACGCGAUUUGGAUAUGAUUUUAUCAAAAAUUCUAUUAAAGACAAGAGUGCCUACAGAUUAUUAUAAUUUUGCAAAUGGUAAAAGUGUUUUUGCCCUUAUUUGGGAUAUCAUCAAGGAUUUGGGACAAUUAUUGAAAGUUCCCGAGGUUCAAUUUUUACUUGGAGCUGGUGGUUUGCUACUGAUUGGUUGGCAUUUUCUUCGAAAAUAUAGCAUCGGCAUUAUUACAAUGAUUGUCGGAGCCGUUGUGUGCUGUGGAUAUUUCCACACGUAUUUGAAAUGUAAUCGCAAAUUGGAAGCUGAACAUUUAUUAGAAAUGUUUGCACGUCAUGAACCCCGAUGGUACACGCCCAUCGUAAGCUUUUUUACUUCCAGCGAGCAACAGGCCCAAAAGAUCAAAAAGGAAUAUAUCAAACAAGCAAGUCAACUAAAUUGGAAUUUCUGUCGACCGGACCAAGUGUUUCUUCUGUAUGUCAAUGACUUGUACUUAAAGAAAGUAUAUUUAGCCGGCGGAGUGCUAGUAUUCCUUAUUGGCUAUAUUGUAAAACUCACUUUCAAGUACGAGUAUAUCCCAAGUGCACGUGCUUGGUACGGCGUAUGGCAGCAGUGGAGUAUGUGCGUUAUGGAGUAUGUAACGCAACGCGGUGGCCUUCCUGUAAGCACAGAUACGGCACUUCAUGAAGAUCGUAAUUCUGGUGAAAACUUAAGAACGCUUGUGAACGACAUUAGCGGCGCGACCUCGUCGAACCAGAUUUCCAUCAACAAUACAACCGCCACAGCGGCUUUAACACAAACAACCGAGCAGGGUUCUGGUGUGCAGGAAAUACUGGCGUCAUUAGAAAACGGUAGCGCUGAUACAGCCUCUGACUCUUCAAUGUCCGAGAAGUUAGCGAAAUCAAAGGAAAACUCCCCACAGAAGCAAACGGAUGAAAGCGUUAACAAUAAUGCAACGACAAAGCAGCAGGAUAUGUCGAAGAGUGCUAAGAAAGCACAUGAUAUUGUGGGCACACAGACAAACAUUAUCAUUAGUAUCAUAUCUGGCAGCACCGUUUGUCUUUCUUUCAUUCUCUUGAUAUUCUUUCUGGAAAUUUACAGUUUGAACUGAAUUCCAAGUUUUUAAUUUUUAAGAAGCGUCACUUCUUGCAGAGAUAAAAAUAAAUAAAAAAAAUGACCUUCCCGAUCCAACAGCGGGAUUUAUCAAGA